CCACGGCUAUAAGAAAUAUUAUCAUAAAAUAAUACACCGAUCACACCGGGUCCUGGGACUACGCAGCGUAGCAGAGUAGCAGCUUGUUGAAAUGUUCUUUUCCGUUUCCCGGUGCCUCGCUCGCGAACAAAAAAAUGUCGAUUAGGUAAUAGAUAUAUUUUUAUAUAACGGUAACGACUGUUCUUUGGGCAACAAAUUUUUGGUGAAUUUUUAUUCAUUUAAAAAUUACAGCCAAUAUUCAUUCAUUAGAUAUAUGUGAUAAAAUAAAAUUAUCUACAGUCUUUUUAUAAUGAGACUUUUACGACAUUUUUGGUCAUUUGGUUUAUGGGGUCAGAGUACAAGGCAAGCCCACAGGAAGUAUAGCAAAGUGUUGGGCAUCGAGACAAGCUGUGACGAUACCGGAUGCGCAAUAGUGGACAGUGAUAGAAAUAUUCUUGGCGAAUACUUACAAUCUCAACAACAGAUACACCUUGAUUUUGGGGGUAUUAUUCCACCAGUGGCCAGAGAUUUGCACAUACAAAACAUUGAUAAUGUUGUAACCCAGGCAUUGCAACAAGCCCAAGUUAGUUUGAACGACCUGGACGCAAUUGCUGUCACUGUUAAACCCGGUUUGUCUUUGUCAUUAUUAGUUGGUAUGAACUAUGCUAAGGAAUUGUGUAAAAAAUCAAAAAAACCUUUGAUACCAAUUCAUCACAUGGAAGCACAUGCUUUGACUGCAAGAUUAGUUGAUCAUAAUUUACAGAUACCAUAUUUAGUCUUACUUUUAUCUGGUGGACACUGUUUGUUGGCUAUCGUAAAAAAAGUAAAUGAAUUUCUACUUCUAGGACAAUCUAUUGAUGACGCUCCUGGUGAAGCAUUGGACAAGGCAGCCAGGCGACUUAAGUUGAAAAAUAUGAAGGAGUUUAGAAAUUGUGCUGGAGGUCAAGCAAUUGAAAGAGCAGCAUUAAAAGGUGAUCCUAGGGCUAUUGAUUUGGGUACAUUUAUGACAAACUACAAAGACUGUAAUUUCAGUUACUCCGGCUUAAAAAAUGCUAUAAGAUCUCAAAUCCUAAAAUCUGAAAAAAACCAUGGAUUAAAAGGUGAUGAAAUUAUUCCUGAAGUUUUUGAUUUGUGCGCUAGUAUUCAGUAUGCUGUUACUAAACACAUAUGCACCCGAGUACAAAGGGGUAUUGAAUUUAUUAACCAAACACAACUCUUACCAGAUACAAACCGAACAUUGGUAGUUUCUGGUGGUGUUGCAAGCAAUAUGUUUAUACGAAAACAUUUGAAUCUUAUGUGUGACGAGGUAAAUUUUAAACUAGUAGUUCCACCACCUAAACUUUGUACAGAUAAUGGAACAAUGAUAGCAUGGAAUGGUGUCGAAAAAUUGAAUGAACAUAUAGAUAUUUUCAGUCACUUUGAUUUAGAUAAAAUCGAUAUACAAUCAAAAGCACCAUUAGGAAAGAACAUUUCAUCACAAAUAACUGAUAUGGCAAUAAGAUGUCCUUCUGGGUUUUUUAAUAAAAUAUUUGAAGAAAAUAGAUAAAUAUUAAUAUUUUAUUUA